GCGGCGGGCGUAGUGUGCGAGUGGUAUUGGUCAGAGCUAACCGUGAUUUACUGCUGUGAGAAUCGUACAGACUGAAUCAAUUUCCUACUUUCGAUUUACUUUGAGUGAUAGUAUCAAUAAAGAGCGGGUGGUGUUAAAUUUGAACCAAUGGAGUCAAAGGAGUUCAAGGAUUUCGCGAAGGCGAUGGUGGAUUACAUCGCAGAGUAUUUAGAAAAUAUACGUGAUAGGCAAGUAGUACCGUCAGUCAAGCCGGGCUACCUCCGACCAUUGAUCCCUGAGCAAGCGCCAGAGAAGCCGGAGCCCUGGACCGCCGUGAUGGACGACAUUGAGCGCGUUAUAAUGUCUGGAGUGACGCACUGGCAUUCGCCACGGUUUCACGCCUAUUUCCCGACAGCCAAUUCUUAUCCUGCUAUCGUUGCGGACAUGCUCAGCGGUGCCAUUGCCUGCAUUGGAUUUACUUGGAUUGCUAGCCCUGCAUGUACCGAAUUAGAAGUGGUUAUGUUGGAUUGGCUCGGUCAGAUGCUUGGUCUCCCGGAAGAGUUUCUGGCUCGUUCUGGUGGGGAAGCUGGUGGAGUAAUUCAGGGCACAGCUAGUGAAGCUACAUUAGUAGCACUUCUCGGUGCAAAGGCUCGUACUAUGCAAAGAGUGAAGGAACAACACCCAGAGUGGACUGAGGUCGAGAUUCUAUCCAAACUCGUGGGUUAUUGUAACAAGCAAGCUCAUUCAUCUGUAGAGCGAGCAGGACUUCUCGGUGGCGUUAAGCUUCGCAAUCUGAAGUCAGAUAAUAAGAGGAGAUUACGAGGUGAUACAUUAAAGGAGGCUAUUGAUGAAGACAUCAGCAAUGGCCUAAUACCAUUCUACGUCGUGGCCACCCUCGGUACUACAUCAUCUUGUGCUUUCGACUGUUUAGAUGAAAUAGGUGACGUAUGUAAAGAACGAGAUAUCUGGUUGCAUGUGGACGCCGCAUACGCUGGAUCAGCUUUCGUCUGCCCGGAGUACCGUUACCUGAUGAAGGGUGUUGAAAAGGCGGACUCUUUCAACUUUAACCCUCAUAAGUGGAUGCUCGUUAACUUCGACUGUUCCGCCAUGUGGCUUAAACAACCUCGUUGGGUGAUCGAUGCAUUUAACGUUGAUCCUCUUUACUUGAAACACGACCAACAAGGAUCCGCGCCAGAUUACCGCCAUUGGCAGAUACCUCUUGGCCGUCGUUUCCGUGCCCUCAAACUUUGGUUCGUUCUGAGAUUGUACGGCAUUGAAAAUAUUCAGAAACAUAUUCGUAAACAUAUCGCUUUGGCGCAUCUUUUCGAGAAACUAUGUCUAGAAGAUGAGAGGUUCGAAAUAUAUGAAGAGGUUACUAUGGGUCUUGUUUGCUUCCGACUGAAGGGGAGCAAUGAUAUUAACGAAGAGCUACUGAGACGUAUUAACGGGCGUGGUAAAAUUCAUCUCGUACCAUCUAAAGUCGACGAUGUUUAUUUCCUGAGGCUGGCUAUUUGUUCACGGUUCUCCGAAGAAAGUGAUAUCCAAAGUUCCUGGGAGGAAGUAAAAGCUACUGCUGAUGAAUUAUUACAAGUACAAAAGUAAAUUUCCUUAAAAAAAACGUACUAGUGCAAUGUUGUCUAUAAUUAAAUGUUUUAAAGAGAUAUAUUUAAUCAGAUAUACGACAAAAAUUAUGCUGUACUUAAUAAUGUACAAAAAAAAAAUGUUUAAACUACGUAUCUAUGAUAACAAAUCUUAAUAUAAAUCAUAUAAUCUUUGGAAAGUUAAAAAAAUCACGUUUAUAUCUAUUAUAAUCUGUGGUUUCCUAAACAUAAGGCUCGAAAAAGCAGUAGCAGGUUGUUUUGAUUGACAGAAGUAUUAUUUUUAUUCGAAAAUGUUAUGUUUGAUUAAUGUUUUUAUGGCUAUACACAAUGUUUUUAUAAAAGACUUUAAGUUAUUUCUCACUAUGAUUUUAUGAAAUACUAAUAUAAGAUUAUUUAUAAUUUUUCAUAAUAAAUUUGGUUCCAUCGUUCACAACCUAUUAAUGUGCGAUUAUCAAACAAUAAAUAAAUAACCAUGCGUAUGCAAAAUAUAUAGGUAUUGCGUAAAAAUAUUAAAAUAUCAAAAAAAGUAAAUAAGUAUUAAAAUAUUUUAUUGGAAUAAAAAUUCCAUAACUACAAUUUACACUUAUAACUGUUGUCUUAUUUAUAUAUUCCAUUACAUUA